GCUCCUCCGGCGUCGCCGCCGCGGGCGCUCCUCCUCGCCCGGCCUCGGGUUUCCCUGGCGCCGCGGCCGCCGCUCCUCUGCGGUCUGUCUGAGGAGGAGGAUGUGAAGAUGGCGGAGCUGCAGAUGCUGCUGGAGGAGGAAAUCCCGGGGGGCCGCCGGGCCCUCUUCGACAGUUACACGAACCUGGAGCGGGUGGCCGACUACUGCGAGAACAACUACAUCCAGUCAGCAGAUAAGCAGCGAGCCCUAGAAGAAACCAAAGCUUAUACUACACAGUCCUUAGCAAGCGUGGCCUAUCUGAUAAAUACCUUGGCCAACAAUGUAUUGCAGAUGCUGGAUAUCCAGGCUUCCCAGCUAAGAAGGAUGGAAUCGUCAAUCAAUCAUAUUUCACAAACUGUUGAUAUUCAUAAAGAGAAAGUUGCAAGAAGAGAAAUUGGUAUUUUGACUACUAAUAAAAACACUUCAAGGACACAUAAGAUUAUUGCUCCAGCUAACCUUGAACGACCAGUUCGUUAUAUUAGAAAACCUAUUGACUAUACAAUUUUAGAUGAUAUUGGACAUGGAGUAAAGUGGUUGCUUAGAUUUAAGGUGAGUACCCAGAAUAUGAAGAUGGGUGGGCUGCCUCGUACAACACCGCCAACUCAGAAACCCCCCAGUCCCCCUAUGUCAGGGAAAGGGACACUUGGGCGGCACUCCCCCUAUCGCACACUGGAGCCAGUGCGUCCUCCAGUGGUACCAAAUGAUUACGUACCUAGCCCAACCCGUAAUAUGGCUCCCUCGCAGCAGAGCCCUGUGAGGACAGCUUCUGUGAAUCAAAGAAAUCGAACUUACAGCAGCAGUGGGAGUAGUGGAGGAAGCCACCCAAGCAGUCGGAGCAGCAGCCGGGAGAACAGUGGAAGUGGGAGUGUGGGAGUUCCCAUUGCUGUCCCGACCCCCUCUCCUCCCAGUGUCUUUCCAGCCCCUGCUGGCUCUGCUGGUACUCCUCCCCUUCCUGCUACUUCUGUAUCUGCCCCUGCCCCUCUUGUUCCUGCUACUGUCCCUUCCUCCACUGCCCCAGAUGCUGCUGCUGGGGGUGCCCAGACCCUUGCUGAUGGCUUCACUUCUCCUACUCCCCCUGUUGUUUCUUCCGCUCCCCCUACAGGUCAUCCUGUUCAGUUUUACAGCAUGAAUAGACCUGCUUCUCGCCAUACUCCCCCAACAAUAGGGGGCUCGUUGCCCUAUAGACGCCCUCCUUCCAUAACCUCACAAACAAGCCUUCAGAAUCAGAUGAAUGGAGGACCUUUUUAUAGCCAGAAUCCAGUAUCUCUUGCUCCUCCUCCUCCCUCCAUCCUACAGGUAACUCCCCAGUUACCUUUAAUGGGAUUUGUGGCCAGAGUCCAAGAAAAUAUUUCAGAUACACCGCCUCCACCACCACCUGUGGAAGAACCAGUCUUUGAUGAGUCCCCUCCUCCACCUCCUCCCCCCGAAGAUUAUGAAGAGGAGGAAGCUGCUGUGGUUGAGUAUAGUGAUCCUUAUGCUGAAGAGGACCCACCAUGGGCCCCAAGAUCUUAUUUGGAAAAGGUUGUGGCAAUUUAUGAUUAUACAAAAGACAAGGAAGAUGAGCUGUCCUUUCAGGAAGGAGCCAUUAUUUAUGUCAUCAAGAAGAAUGAUGAUGGUUGGUAUGAGGGAGUUAUGAAUGGAGUGACUGGGCUCUUUCCUGGGAAUUACGUUGAGUCUAUCAUGCAUUAUUCCGAGUAAUACUCAGCAGGGCUAUAUUUCCCUCCCAGAAUAGUCAGGUCUUCCCAGAUUAUGAAGAGGCCCUGGGGAUUUCCCUCCAAUGAAAUGAAUGAAGGAUACAAAUGAUAAAAACUACUUAAGUUUUUUGGUUUAUCCCCCAGUAUUAAACAAAAAGCAAGCUGAGUCUGAAUACAUGGAACUUGCUGCCUUCACUUGUACUAUGCUGAGCUGUCUGGAUUGAAAUAAAGUGAGCAUUUUUGAAUAUGUCAGAG